AUGGAUCGGCACGGGCACGGGCAGCAGCAGCACCGGCUGGUGACGGUGCCGAUGCCGCGGGAGGGGGAUGCGGCUUCCUCUUCCUCCUACGCGGGAGGGGGCGUGGUGGCGCGGGAGGCGGCGGCGCAGGCGCUGGGGGCGGUGGUGCAGCUGCACUUCGACAAGACGGUGGAGAAGAAGCGCAGCGCCGACGCGCAGAAGCAGGAGCUCUGGCGCCUCUUCCUCGCCUUCUUCCUCUUCCUCGCGCUCGUCCUCUCCUCCGUCGCCGGCGGGGGCCGCCUCCAGUGCCGCCACCUCUGGGCCCCCGCGGGCCUCCUCUCCCUAGCCCACCUCGCCUUCUACGCCGCCGUCGCGCACCACCUCCGAUGCCUCAACGGCUUCAGGUACCAGCGGCGGUGCCACAAGCUGACGCUGGCGCUGGCGGCGGACCGGCUGCGGAUGCUCAAGUCGGCGGGGGAGGUGGUGGCGGCCGCCGACGUGGAGGUGCCCUACCAGGAGCCACACGAGACCUACCUCGCCAAGUUCAAGCGCAGCUGGGCCAUCCACUUCGCCUUCCUCAUCGCCACCUUCGCCUUCUCCGUCGCCGCCGCCGUCGCAGUCCUCUGCUUCUAG